AUGGAAGAAGAAUCAAUCGACCAAAAUAACCAGCAUGUUUCACGCUUCCUCAACUUCUCUGACCAAAAUAAUCCAUAUAUGAUAGAACAUGGAGAUAACACAGUAGCCAGUUUGGUUGCUGACCUCCUAAUCACAGAAAACUAUGUUACUUGGUCUAGAGCUAUGAGAAGAGCACUCAGGGCCAAGAACAAGAUUGGCUUCAUUAAUGGGGACAUCAAAAGACCUACAAGUCAGGAUGAUCCCCUCAUGGAGGCUUGGGAACGCUGCAAUGAUGUAGUGGUAUCCUGGAUUCACAACUCACUAAAGAAAUCUUUGGCAAGCCUCUCACAAGGAGAUGAUUCAGUUAGCAUCUACUUUGGAAAAAUCAAGACCAUUUGGGAUGAGCUAGCCCUAUAUGGCCCGAUGCCUGAAUGUAGUUGUGCUCAACUAAAGAUCCUAAUGGAGAGGUACCAAAGGGACUGUGUCAUCCAGUUCCUUAUGGGAUUAAGUGACUGCUACUCCAACACUAGGGACCAGAUCAUGCUGAUUGAACCCAUGCCUGCAUUGAAUAGAGUCUUCUCCAUGAUCCAACAGCAGGAGAAACAACACCAGAUGAUUUCUGGUACACCUUCCCCUGACCUUAUGGCCAUGUUCACUAAAGGGAGUUUUGGUAACUUCAAGCCUACAAACAGGCGUGAAAUGCCUUAUUGUACACAUUGGCAUAAAAUGCACAAUAAAGGAAAGGGAUCAAGUGCUUUUGUUGCUCAAUCAAACAUCCAAGUUGAAGUUGAUCAAGGAGAAGGAGGUGAUGAUAAAAUGGCUCUCACCAAAGGGCAAUACCAACAGCUUCUUGCCUUGCUACAGUAG